CCCGUGGCUCAAGAAAGCGCCGAUGCCGUGAGACCCGGGCGCCUCGCGGCACGCCUCUGCCGCGCAGACCGCUGGAUGAGCGAAAACGGCGGCGAUGAGUUUGAUGCCCGGCUCACGAAACUCAGGAGGGACAUUUCGGACUUUGUGGAGGACAACAAACUUGACGAUAGAGUUGCCCGGAUAAUGCAGAACAUGCAUCCCAUUGAUGUACAAAAGGUCAUGAAGAUCUCCUUCCCAGACGAUUGCAGGUCGCCGAGUGGCUUCGUCGUCGCGCAAAUCCGGAAAGCGGAAAGCGAAGCUGGAAGGCCAAAGGACUACCGCUGGGAUGGCCGUUCCUUUAGCGAGCAAUCCAGAGAUCGAGGAAAACGCGACG